AUGCACAUAGGAAUGUGGCUGAGGUUUGGUGUUCCGUCCUCAAUGGCUAGAAUCCCAACGUCUGUGGUACUAGCCAUUUGCCUGACUUGCAUCUUCUCAAGCGUCUGCAGUCAGACCCCGAGGAACGUCAAGGAGAGCACAAUUCCAUUUAAGGUUCUACACCAGGAGCAGGUUUACAGUCUUAUCCAAUCAAGCUUGUUCCAGGAUGUCAAAGCCUCCUCCAACCAGUCGAAUGACACCCCUGGAAAUGCUCAGUCACAGCUACCCCUGCCCACUAUGUGUAUAAAGCCUGCUGAAAUCAGACACAUCUUCAAGUACAUCAAUACCAUCGUGUCCUGCACCAUCUUCAUGGUGGGCAUCAUCGGCAACUCCACCCUGCUGAGGAUCAUUUACAAGAACAAAUGCAUGAGGAAUGGGCCCAAUGUCCUCAUUGCUAGCUUGGCUCUUGGGGACCUUCUGUACAUCCUCAUAGCUCUUCCCAUCAAUGUGUACAAGCUAUUGGCAGAAGACUGGCCAUUCGGCGUUCAGGUGUGCAAGCUGGUUCCAUUCAUUCAGAAGGCAUCUGUGGGCAUCACCGUCCUCAGCCUCUGUGCACUCAGCAUAGACAGGUACAGAGCCGUGGCCUCCUGGAGCCGGAUCCAGGGCAUAGGGAUCCCCAUGUGGAAGGCAGUCGAGGUGAUGCUGAUCUGGGCUGCGGCUAUCGUCCUGGCUGUCCCUGAAGCCAUUGCCUUCGACAUGGUAGAGCUGAACUAUCGCGAGCAGAUGCUCUGGGUCUGCAUGCUGUCCGCUGACCAGAACUCCAGAUUCACCCUGUUCUACAGGGAUGUGAAAGACUGGUGGCUUUUUGGCUUCUAUUUCUGCCUGCCUCUGGCAUGCACCGGUGUCUUCUAUACCCUCAUGUCCUGCGAGAUGCUGAGCAAGAGGAAUGGCAUGAGAAUUGCCUUCAAUGACCACAUGAAGCGGCGCCGGGAGGUUGCCAAGACAGUGUUCUGCCUGGUGGUGAUCUUCGCACUCUGCUGGCUGCCUCUCCACCUGAGUAGGAUCCUGAAGAAGACCAUCUAUGACCAGACCGACCCCAACAGAUGUGAACUGCUGAGUUUCCUCCUGGUGAUGGACUACUUUGGUAUCAACAUGGCCUCCCUGAAUUCCUGCAUCAAUCCCAUAGCUCUCUACUUCGUCAGCCGGAAAUUCAAGAACUGCUUUCAGUCCUGUCUGUGCUGCUGGUGCCAGAGACCAGCCUUGAGCAGCACACCAAUGGAUGAUAAGGGAUCUGUUGGGAAGUGGAAAGCCAACGGGCAGGAAUUGGGGCUGGACCGAAGCAGCUCCCACCUGAGUAAUAAGUACAGCUCUUCCUAAAGAACCAUAAAUCAAUUGGAGAGCUCGCUGCAAGAGCUGAAAGGAGCCAUCCAUCCCACUCACAGUCAUUUCCUGGCUGGCUCUGAGUCACUUGCUUUCCUUUCACAGAUCCAUUGGAAAAAGCAGCAGCACUUCACUUACCAUUGAACUAGCCACUGCCGGGGGCCUUGGAACCUUACUUCUCAUCUGUUCCUUUAUAAUCAUCUUUUUUGUUUUCCUCAAAGGACCUUUUGGGUUUUAAAUCCUGCUGGAGAAGCUGAGUGACCCAUGGUGCUAUCUGUCUCCAGAUGGCAAGAUCACCAGAUGGGGAGGUGGGGAUGGUGCUGUGGGUGAUGUCAUGUUUAAACGGACAAGGGACAUCACUGGCGGAGGUUAAUUUUGAUCCUUCAAGCUGAUACAUUAAGAAGCUAAGGUGAAACCAAAGCAGCUGCAUCACAGGCCCAUAGCCUUCCCCUCCUUGCUGCUGGGACACAAUCACUGGGGGUGAAAUUCACCCUGGACAGCCAGCCAGCAGAAGUCCGAGGCACCACUUAAGCCCUGUUUAAGCCCAGAGGGUGCCUAGGAAUUGCACUGCCCUCUGCCCAGGAGUGAAUUUCACCCUGCAUGUCUAUAGUGUAACAACACAGUAGUGUAUAUAGAAUAGAGCUGCUUAGGGGAUGUUAUAUUCUUAGUAGAAAUGGGGUUAAGAAAAUGUUCCUUUUUUGAAAUUGUAGCAUACAAAGAAAUGGGCUGUUGCAGCUUCUCCUCUCUCCUUUCCGGCAGCUCCUUCACAGUGAGAGCUGCGUCUGGUCAUGCUGGUGUUUGUAAAUGCAAGCACAGGAAUGGCAGCCUUGGCUAGAGUCAACGUGGGGCAAAACCAGGCACUGUUGGCUGUCAUCCACCACUCAACUCUUGCCAACUUGUCCUUAAUUGCUAUCUGCAGCAUGUUGCUCCAGUCCUGGUCCUUCUGAACAGGAAAGAUCAGCUCUGCUGGGGUUGUGCUAUGAACAGACGCCAGCAAGCUCACUGUACAUGUCACCUAAGUUAGGAGAUGAACUAGAAGUGAAAGGGAACCCUUGAUCACCAUUGGGUCUGAGCAAUGCUGGCUGUGUACCUAGCUACAGGAACACUGUACCACAUAAAUUCAUAUAGUCUAAGGCCAGAGAGGCCUGCUAGAUCAUCCCUCUGAUCUCCUAUAUAUCACAGUCCAGAAAAUGUCAUCCAGUUCCUCCUGGCUUUAGCCCAUUGGCUUGUGCUUGGCUUAAGCCAGUCUAACAGGAAGACCAGUCUUGAUCUGAAGGCUUCCAGAGAUAGCAAAGCCACUACUUCCAUUGGUAGCCCAUUUGUGAGAUUCAUCAAACUCGGGGACACAGUUCAGAGACCUCUAAGAAAACCCCAGGUGCUGCAAGAAGUGGUGCUGGAGACUCCUUAGGAUGUACUGGUCCCUCUCUUGCAAUACUGAAACAAUGCUCCAGCAUGGUGCUGCUGGCACUGCCGUUUGGCAGACUAGCCAUAAACCCACAAUUCUGCCCACUCGUGGUGGUCUAUAGGCCCAUCGCUCUCCGUGCUAGCUUCAGAGCUGGGAGCCUUCAUGCACUGGGGCCAGAUUCCAGCACAGGGCUUAAGAGAGCUGCUCAGAAUACGGUGAAGAGCCUUCACUGACAUAGUCGACCAUUCAGAUGGGCUUUCACCCCAGAGCUUCCACAAAGGAGCAAUCUUACAUUUAUUCCAAUGAUGUCAUGAACAUUUUUAUGGGGAAUUUUCAUGGGGGGGGGGUCAGUUUUUCCCCCCCUUUCUUUCCUUCUCUUUAUUUGCCUCUUUGCCCCCUUUUCCAUUCUGCCACUAAAAAAAAGGGGUGGGGAAAGUAGGGAAAAAGGAAAAAAAUGGAAAUAAAAAUCCUAGUUUUGUUUCACUUUUGGUAUUUCCUUUACACACGGAGACACACAUACACUGACAUGCUUUGCAAACAUUUCCAUUUUGAAAAAAGCCCAAUUCGCAAUGAGAAAAAAUUGUUUGAAAAUUGAGCCACUCUAGUGAUUACAGUCUGCCCAGCUAAAUGCCCACGACACUUGAUUGGGCUGUUCUUGCCUUCACCUCCUAAGAAUUACACAGUGCUGCUGUUACUGUGUUCUCUCCCCCUACCACCACAGAGGUGGCUGCAGUUUCAUUGGUGGCUGAAGUGCUCCAGGCUGGAGGGCAUUUUCUCAACAGCAAGUAUUUUUAAAUCAUUGUGAUUUCUGUCACGGUUCUGGUAUUUCCAUGUGCUUACAGAUGACCUGAGUGAGCGUGUGUGCAUAUACUGUAUAUAACCCCCCGUCUCUGUGUUCCUGUUCAGCAUGUGAUCUGACAUCAGCACCCCCAUACCACCCUGCAUUAACCCAAACAUGGUCAACAUCCUCACACUCUGGAAUCAGAGCAGUUAGUGGCAGAGAGACUGAGAGGAUCUUAAAACCAGAGACAGCUGACUAAUUAAAUGGAUCUCUCCACCCCAUUGGGUUACCAAGUGAGUCAAUAGGCUAAGUCACCCUAAACUUUGGCAUAUGGAGCAGCCUAGAAUUUCUAACGGUCCAGAAAAAGGGGCAGUUGGGGUUGGAGAGGGCAGCCACUGCUUGUGGGGGGAGAGAGCCAUUGGAGGAGGGAGUCCUGGAGAUUUGCUCCUGUGGGAGAGGAAAGGCUGCAAGCCAGUUUGACAAGUCUGGUGGUCAUUUUCAGGUGACGCUGAGGCAAGUCAGGUGACAUUGCAGGACAAACUGCUGUCAACACAAAUGGUAAAAUCAACACACCAAACAAGCUGAAACCAACCCAGAAAGAACAGCAGACUCUCCCCAGCAUGUCAAUUCCCAUUGGGCUAGCACUCCCCAGGCAGCUUGGCUAGCUUCCGUCCUGAUACCCUCUGCUCUUCAGGGCUUUCUGGCCAUUGCUCUUCAUGUCCUUGACCUUUCACUGGCUCCUUUGCUGGUUUUCAGGCAGUUCAUUUCACCAUGAUCCUGCGAUGCCUAGAUCUGAGGGCUGCGCUCAAGAGCUAGAGCUGGCAGUGGCCGUCUCCCUGGCGGACAGGUCAGGGGAGCAGGAGGCAGGAGCAGAGAGGAUGCCUCAUUUAAGAAUGGCAGCAUUUCAGAAUGCAGAAGGAGAGGCAAAGGGGGCAUUAACUCACUUCAUCAAGACAGUAACGGGCUAUUUCUCUUGGUUCAAGAGAGACUUUGGACCAUGGCAGAGGCCCAGAUCCUCAGAGACAUUUAGGCAUCUAAUUACCAUUGAUUUGAAUGAUAGUUAAGUGCCUAAAUAUCUCUCAGGAUCUGGGCCAAAGUGCUUUGUGCUUCAAGGGACAGGCAUGGGAAGAGGGUCCAAUUCCCCUAGUGCUUGGAGCACUGCUUGCUGGAUGAGCUGCAGAGCGACAGAUUGUGCAGGUCCCCAGCAGUCAGCUGAACACUGUGCCACUGUGGCACAAGCAGGGGUUUGCAGACGGGAAAGAAGGAAGCUCAUUGGUUUAUAUCUGUAAUUUUGCCCCUUUGUUAGUAUCUUCCCUGUGCAAAAAUGUUGCCAUUACCAACCCAAAAGAGCUAGCCCUUAUCACACCACCACAUAAAGAAAGCAUCCAGGGUUCCUCACUAACCCAGACCAUGGAAAGGGACCUCAGGCACGUCCUCCUAAUGUUCAGUAGGCUGGCAAAGAAUUUGGGCCUGUGACUCAUUUUAUUCCACCUUUGGGGACCCCCUUGCUGCCUUGUGCUAUAUUGACAUAUUGGGUGGGGGGGAGGGGGCAGAUGCACCACUCCCAUUCAUUUCAAUGGGAAAUGUACCUCUAAAUCCCCAAGGCUGCUUUGAAGCUCUCAGCCACAAGCAUUGAGUGGUGUUGGUAAAUAUACAACAUCCUAUACUUUCAACAGCCACAAGCCGCUCAUUGGCACUGGAAGGAGAGCUCCGGGCACUUUGCGGAGCUCGAACCAGACAGACAUCAAUUACAGGCACCCUGGGGGACUGCAGAUCACUGGAUUGAACAGCCAGACAUAGAAGAGCUACAAACCCCUUGCCUUUUCAUCCUAAAGGAGCAGUUUUAUUCAUUUCCACAUUAACCAUUGCAUGCAAAUCAAUGUUUAGUUUUAUAAAUGUUUCAAAUCUUUC